AUGGCUGUGGGUCAAACGCCUCACGCGCAGCUGUACCAAACGCCUCCGGCGAAGCACGUGGCGCUGGUGCAGGCGCCCAAGGCGCCAGUUCAGGUGCCGGCGGCGCCUCAGCCGGGGGUUCCUCGGGUGCAACCCCGGCCUCAGACGCAGACACCGCUGACGCCGCAGCAGGUGCCGCAGGCGCCUCAGGCGACGCAGGCGCCGCAGGUGCCUCAGGCGCCGCAGGCGCCGCAGGCGCCUCAGGCACCUCAGGUGGCGCCUCAAAAGUCUGCGGCUCCGGAAGCAUCUCCGACUCUUCCGGGCUUUGAAGGGCGGCUGGACGAGCAGGAGAAUCUGCACAACGUGGUGCAGAGUCUUCAGAAACAGGUCAACGAGUUGCAGCUUCUGGUGCAAAGCCUUCGACCGGAGGCUUUGGCCUCGGCUCCGGCGGUUUCUGCGGCGCCAGCGGCGUCCCGGGAGGUGUCUCCGCAUGCGCUUGUGACGCGCUCUCCUUCUGAGGAGGCGCUGCUGCGGAGCCACCGUGAGCGCCGGGCCCCGGAGGCUAUGGAUGUGACGUGGCUGGAUGCGAAGAUUUGCUGUUUUCAUCCCGUGUUCACGUUGCAUGGCAGUCGCUACGUGGAUGCGCUGCCAGAUGUAGACCAGCAGCUUGAGAAUGCGAUCGUCAUGGGAGACCUAGCAUGGGUCAAGGACUGCGUGAAGAAGGGCGCAAAUGUGAAUUGUCGACUGGAUGAGAAAGGCUUUACUCCGCUGAUGCUCGCUAGUGAAGGUGGAUGGGCCAACAUUGUCAGAUACCUGGUGGAAAACACCGAUGUAGACCUAGAAGCAGUCGAUUCUGGAGGCUUCAAUGCCUGCGACAUCGCUGCCCUGCACGGCUACCUCAGUUGGGAAGAGAGAGGACAAAACGCCAACAUUGCUGACAUUGUGAACUACCUCAAGGACCGCGGCCUUGAGUACACCUGGCGGGGUGCAAUCAUCGGGGGCGACAUUGACCGUAUCAAUGAGUUCCUGGAAAAUGGCCAGGACAUUGAGGAGCGAACAGGUUACUACUGCGAAGGUAACUACCAGUACACGGCAUUCCAAAUGGCCAUGAAGUUUGGCCGGCAGAAUGUGGCCCGGUAUUUAUUGUGUUUGGGGGCUGUGAUCCCCAGAGACAUCUGCGAGACGCAGAUCCCCUAUGACAGCGAGUUGAAGGGUCUCACCUAG